AUGCGGGAAGAAACUACUGCAGCAUCAACUAAGGUGUAUUAUUAUUUGGAUGAUAAUACUCCAUACUUAUCCGUAGUACCCGUUGCAGACGAUGCUAUUACUCUUGGUGAUUUUAAAAAAGUUUUCAAUCAGAAAGGGUACAAGUAUUUCUGCAAACAGCUGGAUGAGGCAGUUGGAUGCGAAGUCAAAGUAGAAAUUCGAGAUGAUUCAACGAAAUUGGUUAAAUCAGCAAAUGGGCUCAUCGAAUUGGUUCUUCUUUCUUCAUUCGAGAACAUUUACUGUUCAGGAACGUUACCAAGAGUAUCUAACAAAGCAAACAAAGGACAAUUCGCUAAUGUUAAGUUAAAGGAUUUCAAUUUGAGAAAACGAAGGUCCUUACAUGAUCUGGCUGGUGAGAAUCGCGAUUUGUUGUAUAUACAUAGGAAUAAAAGUGAUGAAAACAGCAUCACGGCGAGCAGUUUGUCGACAGUGAUUAGUAAAAGAGCUGGUGAAGGUUUGGCAGAAUUAUAUGCAUCAAAUUCGGAAGAUCCGUAUCAUCUGGAAGAUAUGAAUUCAAGAUAUUUCAAACAUCCUGGGGCUUGCGCAGUUUUUCCUACUUCACAACUUGCUAGUUCUAGUGGUAUACCUCCAUGUCCUCGUCGUCAAAGACGUCCCCGCAAAGAAAGAUAUCGAAAAGCAUAUGUACCGAGCACAAUUUCCUCAGUUACUGAAAGCAGCAUGACUUCUCUUUCACUUCCUCGAAUCGAUGUUGUAACACUGCCUAUGAAAAAUGGAGUCUUCUUAGGAAUUUCAGUACUAAGUCAUGAUGGUGGCAUUUUUGUUAGCGACAUUCACAGUGGUGGUAUAGUUGAUUUGGAUGGUCGAAUUGAAGUUGGUGAUCAGAUUGUUCAAGUAAAUCGAAAUUCAUUCGAAAAUUUAAGCGACAUUGAAGCAGUUGAUCUACUACGUAAAGCAGCAGCUAGUCGAAAACCAGUCACACUUUAUGUUGCUAAACGAACAUGUAGCAGUUCAGAUAAGCGAGCAGAUAUACUCUCAGGGAUUGCCUCAGAAACGAUGCCAAUCGAUAUAUCACUUUGGGUUGAGAGCACAAAACACAAUAUUAUGAGGCCAGCAAAGGCUCUUGAGGAAAUGGUUUCGGUCAACGAUGCUGGCACUACACUUGUUGCUGAGGAAAAUGAGACCGAUUUAGAAGGUGCUUAUGCAGAGCGACGAAACGGACUCCCUUUAAGCAAUCAGAAUUGUGCGAAAUUGAAACAGUUAAAUUCACCCGACUUAAAUAUUUCGCCAAAUAUCGAAGAUAUUGCAAGACGACGAGAAAAUGAAGAAAAUGAACAGCAGUUGGAUAAUCUGAAUGUUGAUAUGGAUCCGGUGAUCAUCCUGAAGUAUAUGGCUUUACCCAACUCGGGAUUACAAAUAAAAAAUCGAAAAUGGCUAAAAAUUCCUGUGCCGAUGUCUUUUAUUGGCUGUGACCUUGUUGACUGGUUGAUGGAACAUGUGCACGGUAUCACGGAUCGUAAAGCAGCGCGUAUCUAUGCAUCAAAGCUGCUCGGAGAAGGACAUAUUAAACAUGUCGUUAAUAAACUUACAUUUACGGAAAAGUGCUAUUAUAUUUUCGAAGAUUCGAUACUUUCUGUUCGUAACAAAAACAAAUCGGACUCUUCACUGGGUAAGGCUGGUGCUGAAGUUACCACCGAGGUGACAUAUGUUGGUUCACCAGCACCAGCACAUCUAUCUCGUACUAAUCCACGAAAUGCAUUGAGUGGAAAAGCCAUGCUUGAUCAGUCUUGGCCUCAUUCAGCGGUAGCUUCAAGUGAACAGCGAAAAAGUUAUUGCGACAGCUCAACGAAUGAUUAUGCAUCCGUCAUGGGUCCAGAUAUGAUUGAUUCUACGCUCCUUACUGAGGCACCAACACUAAAGCUGUCACAUCGUAUGCUUCCUAGUCGCCUGGAUAUGGAACAACGGAUUGAUGGAUGUCAGGUUGCUCAACCACCAAAUACUCCGAACUCAUUGCUGCAAGAACAAAGGAAUGCUGAUAGCGAAACUGAAUUUGAAAUAGUUGAAGAUAACAAACUUUUGGUCAUGCAAUAA